CGUUUCAACCGCUCACGCUGCUCGCCUAAACAGAACUAUCGAUUCGUUCGUGGGGGGGCUUUGAUCGAUUCAACCACCUUUGGCCGCCCGAGUCGCAGCGCCUCGCCCCAUCCCGCUCGUAUCCUCCUCGAUACACCGAGAUCCCGACGGGUGGCGCCGCCGACGAAGGGCCCGUGACGUGAUGAUCGCUUGCGUCGCCGUCGUCGGUCACCAGAACAAUCCGCUGUACCUGCAGAGCUUCACCGAGGCUGACGAUGCCCUCAAGCUACACCACAUCGUCCACUGCUCCCUCGACGUCAUCGACGAGAGAGUAAAUAAUCCUAAGAGGAGUGUGCUUACUCUGAACGAGACCUUCCUUGGUCUUUUGUUUCCAACGGAGAGUUACAAAGUGUUUGGGUACCUGACUAACACUAAGGUGAAGUUCAUCAUGGUGACAACUGAUCUGGAUGUCAAAGAUGCUGAUGUUAGAAGCUUUUUUAGGAGGUUCCACGCCGCCUACGUGGAUGCUGUCUCCAAUCCUUUCCAUGUUCCAGGAAAAAAGAUAGCCUCCAGAAUCUUUGCUGGAAGAGUCAGCGGCAUUGUCAAGACUUUUGCACUCGGCACAAAUGGAUAAAUGCAUAUUUCUUCCAGGCUUAGUCAGUCAAACGGAUCUUUAGGUAUCUCUUGUUUACCUCCUCUCAUUAGUUGGCAAGAUCUUUGCCGGUUGUUGGUUUUUGCAUUUCAGCUACAUUGAUGAACUUAGUGCAUCUCCUUUUAAUGGAGUGUGAAUAAUGUACCACACAAGUUGUGAAAUAUUUUCAUUAGAGUUCACUAGAGAUGGACAACUAGCAUAA